AUGUUCCUGGAGCGUCUGCCAGCCGAUGUUCAAACCAUUCUGGCAUCUGGCUCAGAAGAUCUCGCGGUCUCACGGCUAGCCAAUGUGGCGGACAGGAUGUUGGAGGUGCAGCGGUUCCAAACUCUCUCUGUCGCCCAGCUCUCCGUUUCCUCGUUACCGACUCCAAGUGAGCAGAUUGCGACGCAGAUGGUUUCCAUGGCAGAAUAGAUGGCGUCCCUAAAACUCCAGCUUCCACGCUAUACCUCUAGUUGCUCAUCCAGACGACGUCGUUCCCGUUCGCGACCUCGAACAGCCGAUAUUUGUUGUUAUCAUACCAAUUUCGGUCCGAAGGCUCGUCGAUGUUCUUCUCCCUGCUCGUUCAAGUCCAAGCAGGAAAAUCGGUCAGCCAGAUAAUAGACGCGACCGCUUUCUCUGGCUCUUCCGGCUCUCGUCGCACCUUCUACGUUUGCGACAGUAUGACUCGCAGACGUUUCCUUGUGACAUUCGAGCCCAAAUUGGCGUUGUCCCCCAAACUCCAACCGAUCAUUGUUUCCCCAACCCUGAUCUUCACCUCCAAGCUGCCAACCGUUCUUUCAUUCCUUCUUUCGUCAGUCUGCCCCUCGCCCUCGUAAGUAUUUCUCCCGGAUCUUUGUGAUUGCCUAUGUUUCUCAUUCAAUCCUCUGCUCGGACUUUCGAACCGAAUUCGAUCUCCCUGUGGACUGCCGACGAUCCCGACUUCUAGACUGCACAACUGGCCUCCCUGUGCAUGGUUUAACUCGUUUAACUUCCUCCUGCGAUUUAUCUGUCUUGGGUACAGAUAUUCUGUGUCCCUAUGGGGAGCCGCUGCUUCAACACCCGAAGAUGACCAAUCUGCAGUUCCUCAGUCGCGAGGUCCAGCAUGAUGUUGGGCAUCACAUCAAUACUCAUGUGUUCGUUCGGCCUAGGCCAGUAGCACCGGCCCAUUUUCGGGCCGGGAAGGCGGAGUUUGAACAAGUGUGAAUCAUUUGACCCUGUGGCGAAUAUCGUGCCCUCAACAGUGUCACAAUUCCCGAUCGGUGCCCUGUGCCUCAUCUUCAGAAUUUUACUGAAGUCCUUUUCGGCACAGCGGUUUUCUCGAAGAUUGACCUUUCAUUAGAUUCCGGUCGCCCCUGAGGAUAUUCCCAAAGCUGCCGUUACCACACCCCUCGGCCGCUUCGAAUUCAUCCGCAUACCUUUCGGUCUUCGUAAUGCAGCCGAUACGUUCUAGAGGUUCGUCGACCAUGUCUUGCGUGGCCUACCGUUUGUGUACGCCAACAUCGAUGACCUCUUAGAGGUCAGCCGGAAUGUGGAAGAACAGAAAGAUCAUCUUGCCUUAGUGUCUGACCGCCUUGACGAAUUUGGCGUUAUCAUUAACCCCUCCAAGUGCGUGCUGGGUGUGCCUUCGCUCGAGUUCCUCGGCCAUCAGGUCGACUCUGAAGGUUUGCGUCCACUCCCCUCCAAGGUUGAAGCAGUUCGUAAUUUUCCUCCUCCAACUUCCAAGCGUCAGUUACAGCGGUUCCUCGGCAUGGACAAUUUUUUCCGUCGGUUCCUACCGAACUGUGCUGACCUCAUGCUGCCGCUCACCAACAUGCUUUCUGGUCCUAAAGGUCCCCUCGAGCUGACUGGUGAAGCACUGACCGCUUUUGAGAGAAUCAAGAAUUCCCUUGCCGAUGCCACCUUACUCACACAUCCCGCUCCCGAAACUCAGCUGUCUCUGAUGGUAGAUGCUUCGGCCGUAGCCGUAGGUGCAGUCCUUCAACAACACCUUGCUGGUUCGACUCUACCACUUGCCUUUUUCUCCAAAAAGCUCUUACCAGCUGAGACACGCCACAGUACCUUUGGCCGUGAACUACUUGCCAUUUACCUGGCCGUGAAGCAUUUCGGACAUUUCCUUGAAGGUCGUGACUUCACUGCUUUCACUGACCACAAACCGUUGACUUUUGCACUUCUUUCCCACUCCGACAAGUACAAUCCGAGGGAAAUCGCUCACCGUGACUACAUCUCCAAAGUCACCACCGACAUCCGCCACAUUGAUGGCACGAAUAAUGAAGUGGCUGAUAUGCUGUCCAGACCCUCACUGUCUUCCCUCCAACUCACACACGGGAUCGAUCUUUGUGCCAUGGCGGCUGAGCAACAGCGAGUCGGUUGUCCUGGUGACGAGUCUGUUAGUGGUCUCCUUCUCAAAGACGUCCCUCUAACCAUCGGCUCUGGUACCAUACUUUGUGACGUCUCAACUCCCUUUCAUCGCCCUUUGCGUGCUGGGUGUGCCUUCGUUCUAAUUCCUCGGCUAUCAUUUCGACUCUGAAUGCUUGCGUCCCCUAUCCUCCGAGGUUGAAGCAGUUCGUGAUUUUCAUCCCCCAACCUCCAAGCAUCAACUGCAGCGAUUCCUCGGCAUGGGCAAUUUUUAUCGUCGAUUCCUACCCUACUGUGCUGACCUCACGCUGCCGCUCACCACCAUGCUUUGUGAUCCCAAAGGUCCCCUCGAGCUAACUGUUGAAGCACUGACCGCUUUUGAGAGAAUCAAGAUUUCCCUUGCCGACGCAACCUUGUUCACGCAUCCCGCCCCCAAAACUCAGCUGUCCCUGAUAGUAGAUGCUUCGACUGUUGCCGUAGGUGCAAUUAUUCAACAAUACCUUGCGGGUUCGAUUCGACCACUGACCUUUUUACUCAAAAGACUCUUUGCGACUGAGACCUGCCACAGUACCUUUGACCGCGAACUAUUUGCAAUUUACCUGGCUGUGAAGCAUUUCCGGCACUGGCUUGAAGGUCGGGACUUCAUCGUUCUCACGAACCACAAGCCGCAGACUUUUGCUCUUCGUUCCCACUUCGACAAGUAA